GUGAGGUUAGCUGACCCCUUGUAGAUUUUGAAUUUCACUUUUUUAUGUACUUGUCAUCAUUUGUGCGUUAUUUAGUUGAGUUUUGUACGUCAUAGAGCCUAAUUUUUAAAAUUUCCUUAUUUGGCCCCUAGACUAAAUACGGAGAACGUCCAUGCCAAUCGGAAUUUCCUAUUUGUUUUUUUUACAGCCGCCAUCGGAGGGGGAGUUAGCGGCGCCUGCCAGCGUUGUGAGCCGGAUGCAUCGACUGCGCAACCUACGUAAAGGGACCAGGCCACAGACGCUGUUCAACGACAAGGGCAAGUACCCGACGCUGACGCGCAUGUCGUAUUGCCAGUGUCGGCUGCCGCGCGUCUUCACCAGCGUGUUUGAGCGGUUCGGAUGGGCGCAUGUUGCGUUAUUGUUGGAUAAGUCGGACUUGUUCUCGUUAACUGUAGGGAAAAGUCUGGAAUGGGGUUUGAGAAAACAAGGCGUCCUGAAGGCUGUUAGAGAGCUCGACGGGAACGAGCGCGAGUCCUGUGACGCGUUGCUACGAGACGUCAGUAUGUAUGCAAGAGUUGUAAUUCUGAGCGUGCGAGGCUCCUUGGUUCGAGAGUUUCUGCUGGCUGCACACGCGCUCGGCAUGACGCGUGGCGAUUGGGCAUUCCUCGACGUGGAAAUAUUUCAGGGCGGUUAUUGGGGGGAGACGGGCUGGGCGGCAGGCGACAGCCGUGACGCGGCGGCCCGAGCGGCUUACGAAGCUCUACUCCGAGUCUCUCUGAAGCUGCCCACUGGCGAUAGAUUCGAUGACUUUGCUGAUACUGUCCGAACGAGAGCUCGUCAGCAUUACAACUACACGUUCUCUGAUGGGGAAGAGGUAAAUUUUUUCAUCGGUGCGUUCUAUGACGGCGUGUAUUUACUGGGCAUGGCGUUGAAUGAGACGCUGACAGAAGGCGAGGACAUUAGAGACGGCCGCAACAUCACCAGGCGCAUGUGGGGACGAGAUUUUCAUGGUAUUACUGGCCACGUUCGUAUUGAUGCCGUGGGGGACCGGGACGCCGACUACGCCAUUCUCGACUUGGAUCCAGUCACGGGGAAGUUUGAAGUGGUGGCUUUCUACCACGGGUUGAACAGCAGCUAUAAGCCGGUGGCAGGUAAGGCUAUCCAUUGGCCGGGAGGUCGUCGCGGCCCGCCGCCCGACACGCCGCGCUGCGGCUUCCUCGGGACGGAUCCUAUGUGUCAAGGAGACCAUCGUAAUAAUUCUUAUAGGCAAGCGCGUAUAGACGCGGAGUUAAACAACACGGCGUGGCGCGUGCGGCCUGAAGAGGUCCUGGUAGAGGUGGGCACUGGCCUCGGCGCCAGCCCGGCGCUGCACAGCAUCAAUGAGGUGCUAAAGUUAUCUCUCUGCUGGAGUGCUCGCGGGAGCACCACAGCGUCCACGGUGAGCGGCACUCCGUCACUAACACUCUCAUCCUUUACCGUCGGACUGUACAAGGGAAACAGGGUGGCUGUCAAGAAGAUACACAGGAAGAAAUUGGACUUGAACAAAAAGUUGAUUUGGGAGAUAAAACAGGCUCGCAACGUUUCCCACGAGAACACAGCGCGGUUCAUCGGCGCGUGUGUGGAUUGCCCUUUAGUGUUCGUGCUCACAGAGUACUGUCCUAAGGGCUCACUCAAAGACGUGUUGGCCAACGAUGAGCUGCAACUCGACUGGAAUUUCAGGACUUCUCUUGUACAUGAUAUUGUGCAGGGCAUGUGCUACCUGCACGGCGGGCUGGGCGCGCACGGCAAGCUGCGCUCCUCCAACUGCCUCAUCGACGGCCGCUUCGUGCUCAAGAUAUCCGACUACGGGCUCAACACGCUCUGCACGCCCACCGACCUCAUCAAAGAUGACACUUAUUACUAUAAAUUACUAUGGACAGCUCCGGAGUUGAUCGCUGGUAGUAUCUAUCCCGGGGCAGUAGCGUCACUCAAGGGUGACGUGUACAGCUUCGGGAUCAUUCUGGAAGAGAUCGUGGUCAGAGCUGGACCUUUCCACCACUACACGCCCACUAUGUCGAACAAAGGUAAAUUCUUUUUAUAUAAGGCGAUGCAGAUAGUGUCCCGCGUGUGCGCUCGCGAGUCGCCCGCGUUCCGGCCGGUGAUCGGCGUGGGCGAGGUGGGCGCGGGCGGCGCGGGGGGCGGCGGCGGCGCGGCGCUCGAGCUGCUGGAGCUGGCGGCACGCUGCUGGCUCGAGCCGCCCGACGACAGACCCACCUUCGACGCCAUCAACGCCAACUACAUCAAAGGUUACUGUGAUAACCUGAUGGACGAUCUCCUGCGUCGAAUGGAACAGUAUGCUAACAACCUCGAGUCGCUCGUCGAGGAGAAAACCGAACAGCUGUCUUUAGAAAAGAGGAGGUCGGAAGAACUCCUGUACCAAGUUUUGCCCAGACCAGUAGCCCAGCAGCUGAUGGCGGGCGAGGUGGUCCAGCCCGAGAGUUUCGAGUGCGUGACGGUGUACUUCAGCGAUAUCGUCGGCUUCACGGAGUUGUGUGCGGCUUCCACUCCCAUGCAAGUGGUGGACUUGCUCAACGAUUUGUAUAGCACUUUUGACAGGAUUAUUGGCUUCUACGAUGUUUAUAAGGUAGAGACUAUAGGAGAUGCGUACAUGGUGGUCUCUGGACUGCCGGAGAGGAACGGUGACUUGCAUGCGCGGGAGAUCUGCCUGAUGGCGCUGGCGAUCGUGGAGGCUGUGAGGGGAUUCGUAGUUAGGCAUCGGCCUACGCAUCGAUUGGAAGUACGUGUCGGUGUACACUCUGGGCCAGUAUGCGCAGGAGUUGUUGGAGUGAAGAUGCCUCAUUAUUGUCUUUUCGGAGACACCGUUAACACCGCCAGCCGUAUGGAAUCUACUGGACAACCAUUACGUAUCCAUCUAAGCGAGAGCACACGAGCUCUCCUUGAACAAUGGGGGACGUUCGUGGUAGAGCGGCGCGGGGAGGUGGAACUCAAGGGCCGCGGUCAGAUGCUGACCCACUGGCUGUUACACUGCUCCGAGCCUGAAGCCAGGCCUUUAACCCAGGGUCCUCAACAGCCCCCACAGUACCCCAUACUGUUCCCCACUCUACCACAACCCGCUAUGUUGCAAGUGCCGUAUUUGGUUGUAGAGCCGCCUACUUUAGCAGCUUAGGCUUAAAUAUAAUUUAGGUGUACUUCGUUAUCUUUAUUUUCUAGUCAUGAUUAGUUCAUUUUAUUUAUUAUAUACGUAGCUAAAGUUGAUGUAUAACUUAUUUUUUUUUGUCUAUUAUAUGCUUUACUUGGAAGCAGAGUAACUGUUUUUGUUGAGGACCUAGUUCAAUUAAUGUAAUUUUAAGGUAAAUAUGCACAAAAGUAAUAGAAAAACACAACACACAAAAAAAAUAUUAAUACCAUCAUUGCUCUAUUAUAAAAGCUCGAGGUGAAACAUUAGAGAUAAUUUUUCAUUGACAUCGUUGCAUAUAUAAUUAUGUUUGUAGAGAACAUACAUUUACUAUGAUAUUAAUAUGUAUUUCAAUAUUUUCUUAGUAUAAACACGGAUUUCUUAUUUAUUAUUAAAUAAAUAAAUAAUUAAAUUUAAGCUUGUUAGCUGUACUCACACUUAACUGAAUCGGAAGAUUAUCACGCUCUACAUAGCAAAUAUUUUAAUAAAUCUUACAAAUGCGUUAGUCGAUGUUCAUUUUAUUUGCUCUUUAUCCCGGCUUUGCUGGUUAAUGGCUUGACGGCUAUAACAUUUGCAUUUUACAAGCCGGGCUAAGGAAUGGUCAUUAAACAUGCACUGAGAUCGCUCGGAACUAACGACUACCGAUAACUGCAUUCGUGCUUUGUAUAUGGUGAAUGUGUGAAUGAAGAUUUAAUUUAUGAUGAGUGAAUGAUUGAAUGAAAUAUGCAGUGUUUUUUGUGUAGUGCAUAAAGACUAUAUUUUUAUUUGUAAUUUUUUCUUUCGUGCUGUCAAUGUUUGCGUCUCUAUCAUGUGUUUUCAGAAUUAUAAUAAAAAAAUGUAGUUAUUCUAUUGUAUUUAUUAGUGGCAAAGGCUUACAUUUACCGAAAAGGAACGCGACACAACAUAUAGGUACUAAAAUGCAUGAAUGCGAUCUGACAAUCGUUAUAAUUAUACUUACAUUUACAUAAAUUAGAAAAGGAAAGCCGACAAGAAUCGAGUUAUAUGGACGCUUCGCCACUGGUAUUUAUAUAUUAUAAUUAUAGUAACUUAUAUAAGGAUAUAUGUAUGUUUAAUCUAUUUCUGUGGCCUAAAGAUGACAAUUAUAUACAGUUGUGCCAAUUUAGUGUGUGUGUAAAACAUCAUCACGGAGUUAAAAAAAUUAUUAAACUGGAAUAUAUUUUUCUUAUAGUAAACUAAAUCUUUACAAUUGUACUAUAGUAUAGUAUUGUCAUAGAUCGAUGUAUAUUUUUAUAUGAAUGUUGAAAUGUACCUAUUUAUAUUGUAGUUUAGAUACAAUCGCUUCUGUUUUGUUUACGUCAAUUAAACGUAGUGAUAAAUUAAUAUUUUGUAAUGUUAGAUUACACUCUUCUUGUAAACCGGUGGUUUUAUUUCA